AUGCACUACGAUGACGCUGCCUGGGAGAAAAGCGAGGAAAUCGCUGAUGCGUGGGUUCUACAAUUCCUCGAACCCGAUGUCUUGACACCGGUUGGGAACUUUGUUGUCAGGUACCACAAACCUGACAACCCCACCGAAUUCAACAUUCUCGAGAAGGGUGCCUUCAACAUCUCACUUCAAAUGGUGUACGAAAGUAGUUCCGCCGUCAUCCGUUUCCCAGUGCCUGGUGCCACGAUGUUUCCUGAAGAAAAGGUCCGUAAUGAGGUCGCUAUCAUGCGAUACAUUCACGACCAGACGUCAAUCCCAACGCCGUUCGUGCUUCACUGGGGCACAAAAAAGGAGAGCCCUCUAGAGCUGGCUCCUUUCAUUAUGAUGGAGUAUGUCAACCACAGUACGAACAUGUACGAUGUCCUGGAUACUCCAGGAUGUCCAAGAUCAGACCGUGGCAUACUUGAUCCGAACAUUGAUGAGCAUAAGUUGUGA